AUGGAGUCGGAACAAAUCGUGAUCAAUUAUCUGUUUCGGCUUUUGAGGAGCAUAGUCCCAGAUGACUUUGAUGCUAAUUUCAUUCACAAGCUAACAAAUGAUGUGUACACCCUACUGGUAAGGUCGUAUACGUCCUCCAUGAGCACUUCUCAGUGUUUGGCUUCCCUGAGUGAAUACCGUUCUAUUUUUGCCCAUAUUCCUGCGUACACGUAUGUCUGGGAUAAGCUUGAGCAGACCACUGAAGAUCUUUUGUCUUUGAAAAGUACAGACGAUGCGGCUAGAUACUUGAUCAAAUUGGACUCGUACGAAACAAAUAAACAAAGACAAUUACCAUCGCGUUUCGCACAAUACGACUCUUCUGGAGUCGCUAAUAACCUGGGAGCCAGCACAAGCAUGACUAAUCCACGUCAUCUUCUUUCAUCUCCAGGCCUGCCUUCCAGCACCGCGUUUCUGCCCUCAUCAACAUUUGGACUACAUUCAAGCCGACCGCCAAGCCAAAGCUUCUCUUUAGGAGAGCCUCUUAGCAAACACCUGUUACCCUUUUAUUACCACAAUACCGAAUAUGGUCUUAUUCCAGAGCAAGAAAUGAUCAAAAGUCUGGCAUUUACACUAAUAGGUUCGACGUCGGAAAUAUUUCCAUUCGAUGACAAGAUAAAAGUUCCAACUAAUAUAAGCUAUGGCGCAAUGGGUUUGCUUUAUCAGUUGUUCGAGCCUGCUUUAAUAUACAAACAUUUGAAAACAAUGAGUCCGAGACUUUUGGCCAACUCGCAGGUCAAAGUCGCCUUUUCAAGCUUCUUACAGAAAGAAUUAUUCCAGUAUACCACUCUUGUGAAUCAGAUUUUUAAUCCAGCGCACAUCGAGUCCUUGACAUUGAGAUACGUGCGCUUACAACUCAAUGAUUCAAUUGUCAAGUUGCGGAUGCUUCUCAACCUUACCACACAGAUACAGACGCUUCCCAUUAACGAAUUCUUGUCGUAUUUGAGCGAGCUUGCAAGAAUCGGAGACCCAUUAUUGAAAACGUUAGCAAUCACGAUUUUUCGUACAUGUUCUUUGCCCUAUUUUGAGAUGAUCAAAGAUUGGAUAUUCGAAGGAUCUCUGGUCCAGGAAGAUACAAUCAAAGAAAAUUUCUUCAUCGCAUACACAGAGCUAGGUCAAGAAUUGCAACUGGAAAAAGUUCCCACUUUCAUACGGACUUCAGAGCUGAUCUACCAGAUAGGAAAAUCGCUUCUCUAUCUGAAAAACCAGUGCAAUGAAAUGAAAUGGUGCAUCGAUUUUGGUUUGAAGUAUCGACAAUUGUUUGUGAGCAAUGGUGAUUUUUUGGAUAUGGCAGCUAACAAAUUGGACAGGCUUGUGCAACAGCAGUAUGACGAGAUAAUCAAUUAUUUAUGCUAUGUUCUUUACGAAAAAUAUGGUCUGGUCAAAGAAAUAAGCUACCUGCACCAGCUCUUAUUGAUGAAUAAAGGCGAUUUCAUCAAUUCUCUCAUUGUCAAGGGCCUUCCUGUUUUAAAUGAGUCCUCAUCGACGUUGUCAUCUCACCACCUAAUGAAAAUUUUACAAGAAUCCAUUGAGAAUUCUAGUAUCAGACAUUUUCCUACUGAAGUUUUGAAUCGACUAGACGCUAGAAUCCUUGAGAUGGGACAUGGAAAUAUUGGCUGGGAUGUCUUUACUUUAGACUUCCAGGUCAAAUAUCCCCUCGAUAACAUUCUUGAUGGGCCCACGCAUAAUUCUAGAGAAUAUUUGCGGAUGUUCAAUUUCUUGUUGCGUUUACAAAAGGUGAAUUAUCUUCUGAACGUAGAAUGGUUGGAAUCCAAUAGCAUUAGGCGCAGUUCGUUGAAACACAUAGAAAAAAGAAGCAAGAUGGUCCGUCGACAACUGAAGCUCGACCCUAAUUAUGCCCUCUCGGUUCUUGAUUCCCGUUGUGUCUGGCUAUCCAAAACCUUCAAGCGACUUAAUAUUCUGAGAAACGAGUUCAUCAAGUUUGUUAAUAUCAUCACCAGUUUCUUUGAUCUGGAAAUUAUCGAAAAAAAGUACCGAAAGCUGCUAGAAGCCCUUGCCAAAACAGACGAGCAUGAUAUCAAAGUCAAGCGAAACGCCAAAGGCCUGAAAGUGCUGGAAAGUGGAAGAAUCAAGAUUGACAAGACUUACCUCCCUCAGCCCGAUAAAGCUCAUUAUGAGCUGAAAUAUAGUGCUUAUAACUUGGACGAACUGACAAAGUUGCAUUACGACUACAUCACUUCAAUCACAAGAUCUAGGCUGUUUGAUAUGCACAGUAAGUCCUCCAAAGGCAAAAACUCGGGCCUUUAUUACAUUGAGCAGAUUGAUUCAUUCAUCAUAACCAUCAACCAAUUCAUCAGCCUCAAUGAAGAGUUCAACAGCUUGUUGGUGGACAUGUUAUCUGUUACCGAAAUGCUGCGCGACGAUGGGUAUUUAGACUUUGAGAAUAAGGAUCGUUAUGACGAUUAUCUCAAUUCGAUCGAUGUAAAGCUGAACAAGCUUAUGGAAAAGUUGACCGUGGACAUCAUAGAGUCUUUCGAAGAUAACCUCGAAAAGUUCACCGAAGACUUGACCGUGGAUCACGACGAGACACUGAGGUGCCUCGGUAUCAUGUUAAGCAAUUAG